CGUAAGAUUAAUGAUCUUGACCCGUUUCUUUAUCAUUCAUGGAAAUUUCUUUCAUUCGUGUGCAUUAUUCAUUCUCAUCUUGGCAGCUCUCCGUUUUGUUUAUCGUUAAUAAACAUAAAUACGGAAAUAAAAUUAAAUCACUCAAGACGAUUCGCGCGUUUCCUCUACAACAAAACGGAUGAUUAUCUUUGCAAUGAGUGAACGCGCCAUGAAACUAUAUAUACAUAUAUAAAACGAGCCUUUUCAUACGCAGUUUAUUCGAACGUGUGAAUUCAGGAAGUGACAAUAAAACCACAACAAAUUCUUCGCAUAAACGUUGCAACAGGAAGUAUUCAGGCAUAUUCAAGUCGUCCAAACAAUCAUUGUUGAUCGAUUGCAAAAUCGCCGCGCUCGCUAAAGAGCCUGGCGGCUUAUCAUAUAAAUAUAAGGUCAAGAAGAAGAAGAGGAUCGAGAAGAAGGAGAAAGAGAGAGUACUAUCGUUGGAGACAGAUAUGAGGUCCUUUCUGAGCCUAGGAGCAGCCUUGCUCCUGACGAUAGUCAUCAUCCGGUCAUGCAAAUCAGAAUAUACGUGUGGACAUUUAGGCUCAGGCACUAACGCGUGCAAAUGCGGGGAAAUAGUGGUGAAAUCAGCGAAGGUGCAAAAACCGCUGUUCUACGCGUCGCCGGAAGCAAUCAACGAAGCUGCAGUGGCACGCGAAGCGGUUGGAAGAUUGUCCGUGGGAACGGAUCGGUGGCAGUCUGAAAACCUGGCAUCUAUUCCCAAAUAUAAAUCAUAUAUCGAUGGACCGUUUAGCAGCAGCAGCAGCAGCAGUAGCAGCAGCAGCAGCAGCAGCAGCAGCAGUAGCUCUUCAAGGUCCUCGUCUUCCAUCGGAAUUCUUGGAGGACCGAUUGGCGGAAGCAACGGUCACUCACCCUUCACUUUUGUCUCGGAUAGAGUUACUUCCAAUUGCGGAUGUGGAAAGAGUCAUUCCGAAUCUCUGGAGGUUCGCGAUCUCCUAUCCUCUAAUAUUGAAGGAAAAGUCGUGCCCAGUUUUCCACCGAUUGGCGAUCUGUGUUACCCGAGCCCGCCUAGCAGUAAAUUCCAGGUGACCACCAAAGUGACGCCUGCAUAUCCUGGUAAAAUCAAAUGCGGCCCUCCUAUUCCUUACAAGGUUUGCGUGAAAAUACUCAAUGGACAGAUCGACGAGGCUGGAUUGAGGGAACUCGGUUUAGCGACCGGUGGAUCAAUCGGCGGGAGCGCGAGUAUUUUCGACAAAUAUAUUUCUAACGAUGUAGCCAAGUUGGCUACGCGAUACGGAUCGCACGCGAGUGCCGGCGCGGGUUCGACCACGUAUGGAUCGUAUUCGGGUGUUAACGCGGGUUCGACCACGUACGGAUCGUAUUCGGGUGCUAACGCGGGUUCGACCGCAUACGGAUCGUACGCAGGUGCCAAUGCAGGCUCGACCGCGUACGCGGGUAUCGGACGAUCGAGUAACGUCGAGACGAUCCAAGGAUCGAGCAGAUCUACCUGUGAUUUUGGCGAUGAUGCAGAGCUUCCCGAAGACUAUUCGUAUCCUCGACUACCAGCGGAUCCGGUGUCAGUAACUUUAGCGUAUAAGAAUUUCUUCCCGCGUACCGUCCACUACAAUAAGAGAGCAUUCGUGCCGGAAGACAAGCUGGCAUUCGGUCAUCGAACCGUGCCGACCGAGUCGACAUCUAGCAAAAAUGUGCCGGAUGUUCCCGAGGAAAAGCUUCAAAUCCUCAAGAAACCCAUUGUAGAGUUGAAGCCGAUGCCACAGACUCCUACCAUCAUCGGCGCUUACGAUGAGCACGAAGAAGCAAAAUUAGCGGAGCUCGAGGCCAUUGAGCGCGAGAAGAUAAAUCAGGAGGAGAUCGCCGAACGGCUGCAAGAGAACUUCAUUACGUACGGAGACCUAGGAUACGCGCCAAUCAACAGGCCCUCAUCGGCAGAUCCUGUUGGCGCAUUCAAAAACGUGGAAGACGAUACCCGCGGAGCAGACUGCGGUCCGGUAGGACCACCAGAUCCCGAUUACGUUCCUGGCAGCGUCGUGAUCAAUCGAGAAGAAAUCGUGGGAAACGGAGAUCAAGUCGAAGAUGACUUCCUGAGAAACAACGACAGUUCAGACAUCUACGUUCGUCAUUAUGACGAAAUUAGCGACGACGACGACGAGGAAUAUGAUAACAACGAGCCCAUGUCCGGCAUAUUCGCCAGACUGAAAAGUGUCGCCCGAAAGCACGGUCGUUCGUCAUCCUCAUGUGGAACCGUAUGAUCUUUCGAACGAUAUGAAGUGCGUAAAAAGGAUUCGCCUUAUUGACGAUUCGCGAUUAUCGAGAUGAAUCUUUAUUGAUUCUGAACGCGCGAAGACGUGGACACUCUCCAAAAUAUUACACUAGUCCCAGUCCUGUGUCUUUGUGAUGUUAUUAUUAUAAGAUAAUAUAGCAUUGUGCGAGAAUCAAA